AUGACAGAGGUAUUGGAGAAAUUAAAAGAUGAGGACUUCAAAAGAGUAGGCAUUUGUGGAAUGGGUGGAGUGGGAAAGACAACAUUUGUGAAAGAAGUAAUCAAAAUUGUAGAUGUAUGGAAGUUAUUUGAUGAAGUUGUAAUGGCAGUGGUUUCCCAAAAUCUUGAUUAUAUGAAAAUUCAAGGACAAAUUGCUGAUGUUUUAAGCUUGAAAUUUGAUAAGGAGACACUCCAAGGAAGAGCUUAUCAACUGCAUGAAAGAUUAAAAGGUAUCAACAAUGUCCUAAUAAUUUUUGAUGAUGUUUGGAUAGACUUUGAUUUUGAGUCUAUUGGGAUUCCUUCUCAUGUGCAUCACAAGAAUUGUAAAAUUUUAUUGACAUCAAGAAUUGAAGAUGUUUGUUAUAAGAUGGGAUGUCAAAAGAAUUUCGUAAUUUCUAUCUUGUCUCCGGAUGAAAGUUGGGAUCUUUUUAAAGAUAUGGUAGGUGGAAAUGUUUCAACCAAGCUUGAUAUUCAUCACAUUGCAAAAGAGGUUGCAAAUGAAUGUGGGGGUUUGCCAAUUGCCAUUGUAACAAUGGCAAAAGCAUUAGCAAAUAAAGAAAAAUAUGAAUGGGAGGAUGCAUUGGAUCAAUUAAAAAAAUCUUUUAUGACUUCCCUUUCAGAAAUGCAAGCAUGUGUAUAUUCAAACAUUAAUGAAUUGUGGAAAGUUAGAAAUCGAGUACAUACCAUUGUUGAUAGACUUAAAAGACGUUUCAUGUUGUUAGAUAGUAAUGUGGAUGAAUGUGUCAAAAUGCAUGAUGUUGUUCGAGAUGUUAUCAUAUCAAUUGCAUCUUCGAAAGAAUGUGGUUUUAUGGUACAAUGUGAUGGAUCUCAAAUGCAACAAUUUAAAGAAGAAAUGUGGUGUAAUGACACUACGAUUUCACUUAUCUUUGAAGAAAUGAAGGAACACAUUAAAGUGUUAAAUUGUCAAAAGCUUAAGCUUUUACAAGUAACAUCAAAGCAAAGGGAUUUAGUUCCAGAAAAUUUCUUCCAAUGUGUGAAUAAUCUCAAGGUGCUAAGUCUACAAAACAUGGACAUUCAGUCAUUGUCUUCUGUAUUUCAAACUUUAGACAAUAUUCAUACUCUACUAUUAGAAGAUUGUCAUGUUGGAGACAUAUCUAUUAUUGGUAAGAAACUCAAAAGACUUGAGAUUCUAAGUUUUUCUAACUCAAAUAUCAAACAAUUGCCAGAAGAAAUUGGGCAACUAAGCUUACUGAGAUUAUUAGAUUUAACUGAAUGUAAUUAUCUCAUUCGAAUAUCUGCUAAUGUCUUAGCAAGGUUAUCUAGAUUAGAAGAACUCUAUCUCAGAGUAAGAAAUCUUCCUUCAGAUGAAACUGGUCAUAUUUUGUCUGAGUUGCAAUCUUUAUCUCAUCAUCUAAAAGUUGUAGAGAUUGCAAUUUUGAUAAAUGAAGAUGCACCCAAAGAUUUGGUUUUUAAAAAUAUAAUAAGAUUUUGGGUCUACGUGGGAGAUUCAUCUACUCUUUUUGAUGGCAUUGUUCGAAAAGGAUAUUUUCACCCAAAUAUUUUGAAAGUAAAUAAUGCAUAUUACCGCUAUAUCAAGAGGAGUGUGACAAUUCAAUAUUUACUUCAAAAAGUUGAAAUUCUCAACUUAGUUGAUAUCAAGAACAUGAAAAAUGUCAUAUUGGAAUUAAGUGAAAGGGGUUUUCCACUUUUGAAACAUCUAAGCAUUGAGUUUUGCAGCAACCUUGAAUAUGUUGUAGAUACAUUGGAUGGUUGUAUCUUUCCUCAACUUUUAUCAUUUUCUUUACGAAAUUUGGAUAAUUUAAAAGAGAUACUGAAUGUAGCUGGUCACAUGAGUCAAAAUGACUUUGCCAAGGUUCACUCCACCAUUAUAUCUCAGUGCUUUGGAACCCUUACAAAUCUAAAAAUAGAAUAUUGUAACAAGUUGAAGAAUGUCUUCACAUUGUUUCCAAGGAAAAUUGAUUUGACUACACUUCAAUGUUUGCAUGUGGCUGAAAGUUAUGCAAUUGAAUGCAUCAUCUCAAGCAAUAGUAAGUAUGAUGAAAAAUUAAUGAUUGAGUUUUCAAAUUUAGUGGAGUUGAAGUUACUGGAACUUCCCAGCCUGAUCGGAUUUUUUAAAGCCAAUGUUAUACAUGAGCAUAGCUCCUCAAUGAUCCAAAUUCAUGAAUCCAGUGAUCAAAUAAUUGAGAAUGCAGUAAUUGAAGAUGGCCAAAUGUCUAGUUCAAAAUCAAGUGUUCAUCAUCAACCUAUGCCCACUGGCACUCUUUUCAAAUCAAACUGGAUGCAAUUGUUUCCAAAAUUGGAAAAACUCUUCUUACAUGCAUGUUCUUCAUUAGAUAUGGUGUUUGAUAUGCAAAAAUCACAAUUUCAUGGUGAGUCACUGGCUUUCUUAUUUGCUCAGUUGAAAGAAAUAGAGAUAUCUUGGCUUAGUAAGUUAAGACACAUUUGGGGUAAUGCUCCAAGCUACAUUCAAGGCUUUCAGAAUUUGAAAUCAAUCAAAGUUAAGAAAUGUGAUUCUUUGGGGUUUCUUCUCACUCCCAACAUUGCAAGGGCACUUACUCAACUUCAGAAAAUGGUGAUACAUAGCUGCCACUCCAUGGAGAAAAUUGUUGGAAAAGAAGCAAACCUAAAUGGUGAAGAUGAUGAAGAAAAGAAUGUGGAAACCCUUGUCUUUGGUCAAUUGGAAUCUUUAACACUUAUUGAUCUCCCAAACCUUAUGAGUAUUUGUCCAGAUUCCUAUGAAAUAAUGUGGCCAUCUUUGAGAUUUUUAUGCAUUGAUGGAUGUCCUCAGCUUAAGACAUCUGCCACUGUGGCAAGGCAAGAGAAUUUCAAUGCCUCAUCAAGUGCUUCAAGAACAUGUGAUAAUGCAAAUAGUACUUCUAAAGAGGAUUCACCAAGGUUUCUUCAGUGUUGCCUUGGAUGCACCCCACAUGUAUUUUCCAACUUGAAGUCCAAGGCUUCAUUAACAGAGAAAGAUGUUCCUUCUGUCAGCAACAUACAUUCCAAAGCAGAAACAACAUCCCCCAUUCCAAUUUUGGAGAAAAUGCAAGUAAAAGGAUGGGAUUCACUAGAAGUCUUAUUCCUUCUUAAACAAAACCAACUUUCUGAUGAUACUAAUGCCAAUUGUCUGGUGAAGCUGGUACUUGCAGAAGCACCUACAAGUCCCGUAGAAAUAACUGCAUUCAACAACCUCACUAUUGAAUAUGCCACCUCUUCCCAAGAGGCAUGUGCCUUAGAGUGGCCAUCUUUGAAGAGAAUUAGCAUAUCUCACUGUGGUGUGCUAGAAGUUGUUAUUGGUAAAGUCGGGGAGAAAAUAGAUACCAUGAUUGCUUCAUUUGCUCAACUACAGUCUCUUUCAUUGAGCCAUUUACCAAAUGUUGUAAGCUUUUGUCUCACAUCUUGUGCAUCAGAACCACCAUCCAUUGAGAACAUGCAUGGGAGUGGCUAUGAAAACCAUGAGGGAACAAGUACUGAAGAAAUCAGAAUUAUGAGACUUGAUGCACUUAUAAAUGGCUUCAUUUUUCCCAAUCUGACAUAUAUAGCAAUAACUAGCUGCAACAAAGUUAGUUGUUUGUUCUCUCCUUCAACAUCAACUAGCUUAGUGCGUUUGGUUGAGUUAGAUAUAUGUGGGUGUAGGGAGAUAGAGGAAAUAGUGUCUACAGAAGAAACACAAGGAAAUAUGAUUAACAUUGUGUUCCACAGCUUGCAGCGUCUAAAACUUGAAAACCUACCAAAACUGAAGGCCUUCUGCCAGGGUUCCUAUGGCUUUCAUUUUCCAUCAUUGCAUGAAGUAUUGGUGAAAAGUUGCCACAUGAUGGAGACAUUCUCUUAUGAGUCUCCAUACAGUCCAAAGUUGGAAGGAGUCAUAAUGGAAAUUGGAAGCAUAAUGAAGAACAUGUGGAUGGGAGGUCUAAAUGCUACUGUAGCACUUUGCAAAGGACUUUUGGCUUUUCAAACAUCGGAGACACUUGAAUGGAUCAAGCAGGACCAAUGCAUACAGAGAUACUUCACAGAAGAACAACAGUUGACAGUUGAAGGUUUUCAAAGGCUUCUAAAACUAGUUCCCUCCAAUGUGAUACACAUAUUUCAAAAUCUAAAGGAACUCACUAUAAAAAAUUGUGGUUCACUAGUUGAGGUCUUUGAAUCACAUGGUGUGGAUGCAAAGGAAAUGCAUUCCAUGAUACACUACAAGCUAGAAGCAUUGAAUUUGUAUUUUCUACCAAAAUUGACCCACCUAUGGAAAAACUAUGGUGGAGUUCUGGGAUUCCAGAAGCUAAGAAUACUAAAAGUGCAACACUGUGGCAACUUGAGUAGUUUGUUCUCUCCAUCAAUAGCCAGAAGUCUAGUGCAACUUAGGCACCUACGAGUUCAUAGUUGCCACAUGAUGGAGGAAAUAACUACUAAGGAAGAUGAGGAAACAGAAGGAUCAAAUAAUGCUAUGAUUGUAUUUCCACUUUUGAGCAAGCUGGAGCUUCGUUAUGUCCCCAACCUCAAAUGUUUCUGCUCAGGAACUUUCAAUAUUGAUCUUCCAUCUUGUGAAGAAAUGAUAAUUGAAAAAUGUCCCAAGAUGACUACCUUUUGCUAUGGAUAUGUAACCACAGCAAAGCUUCUCCAUAUAUAUAAAGGUUCCUAUGAGUAUGUUGACAUAAUGAAAGACCUUAAUAUGACCAUCUAUCAUGCUAAUCGGAGUUUUAAGGUACAGACAUUCUCCAUAUCAUAUACAUUGCAGGUUGCGCUACAAACAUCAGAGGCAAUCACAUGCAUUGAGCAUAGCCAACACCUGCUGCUGCCUUACUUAAGAAGUGAUACAGAAUUGGUUGUUGAAGGUAGUGAAAAACUAUUGCAUUGUAUUCCAUCCAACAUGCUGCAUAGGUUCCAGCAUCUAAAACAAGUCAAGGUACAUGAUUGUGGUUCACUAGUUGAGAUAUUUGAAUCAGAGGGAGUGGAUGAAAAUGGAGAUGAAGGGUGUACCAAAACACCGUACAAUUUUGAUCUGCAGGAACUGCAUCUGUAUGAUCUUCCUAAACUGAUGCAUAUAUGGAAAAAUCAUGGUGGAAUCCUGCGCUUUAUGAACCUUAAAAGGCUAAAGAUUCGGCACUGUCAUAGUUUGAAAAAUGUGCUUUCUCUUUCCAUGGCCAGAACCCUCUCACAACUCCAAGAGCUUUCAGUACAUGAAUGUGAGAUGAUAGAAGAGAUCAUCACUAGAGAGGAGGAAAAACUAUCUGAAGAGCCAAACAAAGUCAAGAUUACAUUCCCAGCAUUGCAAUGGCUAACACUUUAUCGCCUUCCAAGUCUUAGAUGCUUCUGUUCAAGCACUUACCAUUUUGAGCUGCCAUCCUGCCAUGACAUAACCAUUACAGAAUGUCCUAAGAUGGAGGCUUGCCAUGGAAACAAAGGCACCUCAGAACUUCCUUUUGUCUCAACUAAGACAAAUGAUUUCAGAGCUGAAGAGAGUUCUUUUUAA